AUGAGCGUAGAGGAGGAGUACCGUCUAACCGUCCAACUGCAGCGUAAUGAAUUGCAAAUCCUCCAACGACGAUGUAAUGAACUCCUGCACGAGCGAAGUAUGAUGAAAGCCGCCACAGCAGAGGACGUUCGUAUGUUUUGUCUGAACUAUCAACAGCAACAACUCCAAAGGCAACAACAACAAUAUAUUAUUAAUACCACUAAUAAUAAUAAUAAUAAUAAUAAUAAUAAUAAUAAUAAUAAUAAUAAUAAUAGUAUCACGACAUCUAUACAAGAAGGUGUAGCCGGCCGUCCCUCACUCGUUUCCUCCGCGGAUUCUAUUCCCAUCACGGCCAUUAUGGAGUUUCUCCAUCAGUACAGUUCCGGCAUGGUCCCUCUCUCUCUCUGCAGCCGACGAAAGCGAUCGCGGGAGACGAUGGGCGGCGGGAGAUUAACAAACGCACUCUCCCAGCAGCGAUUAGUGCAGCGGGUGGUGGCCAGACAACGUCUGCGAUUGCGGGAGGAUGAUUUAGAGGAAAUGCAACAAGGGAUAGAACUACAACAAUCACAACAACAACAACAACAACAGGGACAAAACGCGUAG